AUGACUCUGGAAGCAACAUCUACUUGCCCACAGCUCAAUCCUCCGCCGGAUUGCCAAUGUGUAGAAACUAUUUCGGACCGUGGCGGGUGGCUACAGAGUUUUAUUCGCAAUGUCGACGCGCGCAGAUGCUUCUCUCCUACGAAGACGCACCCCUCCGUCACGCGGCUGAGAACGCUUAUCGAAAGCACCCCGCGGCUCCGAAUGUGGGCUUCCGCCAUGUUCCAAGAAAUACCCAACAAAGUUCCAUACAACCGCAUCGGCCAAGGCCAGCCACCGCAAAGUCCCGUCCGGGGAUACGAGCACAUGCUUGAGCUGCUCAGUGUCGUUAUCCCCGAGGUGGCCCCAACCUGGAGCCUGUCUGCUGCCGGGCUCGGGCUCAUGGGGCUCCCCUUCCAAGCCAUCUUGGACUGGCCGAUGGGCACGCCCAGCGGGCACGCCUUCUUCCUCGAUGCGGACGUCAAUGCCAGCUUCAAGGAGAUGCUUUCUGCGUGGCGCGAUGAGCUCCUCGAGACGAAUGCGUCUCGAAGCGUCAUCACGACCGCCCCAGGACACUGGCUGUGUCCAGAGGCCGUGGCUGCCGUGGAGCGGGAUGGCAACCUCGAUAGCAGCCAGCGGUACACGUUUGAGCAGCUUUUCGAGUGUGAUCCUCAUGGCGACCCCAUGCACUGGGGAUUCUGCUCCUGGGACGACUACUUUACUCGCAAGUUUAGGGAUAUGGAUAGGCUGCGCCCCGUCGGCUACCCCGAUCGACCCGAAUGGGUUGUGAAUUCCUGCGAGUCCAAGCCGAUUGUCGUCAGGUCCGACGUAAAAGCGGUCGAUCAGUUCUGGCUAAAGGAGGCAAACUACUCAAUUUUCGAAAUGCUCAACCACCACGAGUGGGCAGAGCAAUUCGUCGGCGGCACCAUCCACCAGUCGGUGCUGAGAACAACAGCCUAUCAUCGCUGGUGCGCGCCCGUCUCGGGGCAAGUCGUCCAUGCGGCCAUGAUGGACGGCGCGUACUUUUCGGAGCGUUCGACAAACGGAAUCGGUAGUGCGCCUGUCGGGCCGCCGCUUCAUAAUCUGGUAUAUUUGAGCCACGUCGCAGCGCGUGCCGUCGUCUUCAUCCAGGCGGACGAUGCCGUCGGACUGGUCUGUUUUCUAGCCAUUGGCAUCGCUGACGUGUCCUCGUGCGAGAUUCUUCCCAGAUUUACGCAAGCCUUGCCGCAGCGUAUCGAAAAGGGAGAAGAGCUCGGCAUGUUUCACUAUGGUGGCUCCAGUCAGUGCCUCUUAUUCCGCAGAGGAGUCAAGCUCGCGUUUACAGAGGGGGGGCUGCCAGGAAAUCAGAAGAGUCUUGCUAUUCGCAGCCCUUUGGCACUAGCCUACGUAUAG